UGGUAUGGUUGGAGGAGAGAGGCAAGAUUACCCAUGGCAAAAAAAGCCUACCAUUUCUGUGUUACAUUAACUCAAAGCCCUAGGAUGUAUGAGUCUUGGAGUUUAGAUCAAGGGACCUCAUUUCCCGGAGCACUGUAGAUCUUAUCCAACCCCUAUUACUGUAUUUUGUUCUAGCACUUAAUUGAAUCCACCAGUUUUUAUUGACCAUCAGUUAGGUGCCUGGCACUGUGUAUGUCAUUAUAGAGAGGGUUCAAGCAAAGGCAGGGCCUAACGUCAUGAUUCAAGAGCCAUUUAUAUAUUCAUAAACCAUGCUCAGCACGAAAUUUAAGAUUUUACAAGUUAAAUAGGAUCGAAUCCUGUUUUCAUCCAAAGCAGUUGGGAUGAAGAGUUUUCGCCUUAGUUGCUGCUGUUGUUAGUUGCCAUUAAGCUGGUUCAUGCUCAUAGCCACCCUAUGUAUAAAAGAGUGAAAUGUUCCCAGGUCCUGUGCCAUCCUCACAAUAGUUUCUAUGUUUGAACCCAUUCACACAGCCACUGUGUGAAUCCAUCUCAAUGAGGGUCUUCCCUCCUUUUCGCUGACCCUCUCCUUUACUCAGCAUGAUGUACUUCUUCAGGGACUGCACCUUCCUGAUAACACGUCCAAAUAAGCGAGCCAAAGUCUCGCCAUCUUUACUUCUAAGGAGCAUUCUGGGUGUACUUCUUCCAAGACAGAUUUCUUCUUCUGGCAGUCCAUGGCCUUUGCAUCCGAGGCAGGCCACUUUUAUGACAUGCAAAUUUCCCAGGUUCUCUUGUCCCCUCAAGUGUCCAGCAGCAGCGUUUAGACUGCAGGGUGUUCUGUUGGCUCUCCUGCCUUCCCUCUGUCCCCAGGAACGCUCCUCCGUAGCAGCCAUAGUGGCUUCUCCAUUCUGUUCUCUGCAACGCCCUGUACCCACUGUGCUGUGACUAUGCGGUAGGCGUGGGUUGGCAAAAGAAUAAAACGAAUCCCUUCUUUCUCUUUCUGUAAACCACUCUGUAGAGCUCUCUGUACCUGUACCCCUUUUCACCUUUUGUCUUUAAUUUUAAAGUUGGUGUACUGCAUAGAAGCCGGAUGCAUGAUAAACCCGUUGCCGUCGAGUCGAUUCCAACCAUAGGAAAGAGGAGACCUGCCCCUUAGGGUCUCCAAGGAGCAGCUGGUGGAUUCAAACUGCUGACCUUUUGGUCAGCAACCAAGCUCUUAACCUCUAUACCACCAGGGCUCCGGAUGCAAAAUAGAUACUAUAUUAAACUGUACUGUUAUUUAAGAUGUAAUAAAGCAGUUGAUGUGAGGGGGAAAAAAAGGUUUGGCACAGUUGUCCGGUGCCGUUAGACAUCUUGAUUACUGUGGCAAUUCUAGAACUGCCUGCUUUUUUUUAAUGUAAUCACGCACAGUGUCUACAGGUUGUUUAAUAAUCAACCACGCAGAGAGCCACUGUGCUGAUGCUGUUUAUUGUUUGCUUCUAUGAUACGAAGCUGUAUAAAAACUUAAAAUGCACAUGUUUUGUAGCUUAGUCAUCUCAUAUACGUAAAGGGGACAAAUGCAUACUAGUUCACUUGUACAUUUAUGGAGCUAGACCACUGUGGUUGGGAAAACUCUGUGGUAUACCCGCUUAUGUUCUGCCUCACACCAUGUGUGAUUUUGUUUCUUUUAUUAAACGGCACUUGUAUAUAAACAGUGCAUUCAUUUCCAGAUGUCUUGAGCACUCAAAAGUGUAGUCAACAGUAAGUUCUUUUAAUGAAUACCAGUUUUAAUUUAUAGACUACCAGGGCCUUAAAAAUGUUCUAUAUGGAACACCUCACUGUGUUGCAGAGACAGACACUACUUGUUUUUCUUCAGUCACGUUUUUAUGAGAAGAAUCUGGGCUUUUAAAAUUCUGCCCUUUUUCUUUGAGGCAUGUUGCUUAUUUCCUCAAUGGGAUGGGUGGUUCUGCAAAUGAAGGGCUAUUUAAACUUUUUACUGUAGUUCAACACCGUCAAGGGUCAGUGUUCACCAUUACAAAGAAUGUGGCAACUUGCUUGUGGUUCAAGGAGAAAUCAGAACUACAGUAUGUGACGAUGUGGGGAUCGCAUUUAAAAAAAAAACACUUCGAGUCGAUUCCAUAGAGUUCCCAAGGAGCACCUGGUGGAUUCCAACUGCCAACCGUUUGGUUAGCAACAUUUUGGUUGGGAGUUGGAACACUUAACCACUACGCCACCAGGGUUUCUGGGGACCAUAUGGGUUUGCUAACUGACCUAUAGCUAAACCUUAAAGUGUUUGUGUGUUUAUUCAUCGCUUUUAACGUUUCAAGACAGCCAAACACUACUACCCACAUUUUCUUAUGCAUUAAUCUCCAUGUGAGACAACUUAACAGUUACUGAAUUUUGUAAAUAUGUGAAUUAAAAAAAAAAUUUAGGUGGAUGCCUUGUUUUUGGUCUGCUUACUGCUCUUCUCAGCUUUAUUCAAUAAAUUUGCAUUUUGAGGAUUGCAUUGGCAAUUUUAACUUAAAAUGUGCAUCACAAUGGAAGGUGGCAUCUUUAUUGGAAGGGGAUGGAAAGACAAAGUUACCAUGAGGAGGGUCCGUAGACCAUGUACUAGAAAGACAUCAGCUCAGCCUCUAAGAUUGGGGUCUGUAGGCUAGUUAAAACAGAAACAAACUUUUAAAAUACCCAAAUAUUUAAAAUAUCCAAAAACAUUUUUAUACUUUAAUAAUAAUGUGUUGUGUUUUAGAUAGAAGUUUACACAGCAAAUUAGGUUCCUCUUAAACAAUUUUUAUACAGCUCAUUCCAUGCCAUUGGUUAGUUUCUACAACGUGUCAGUAUUCUCAUUAUUUCCAUUCUGUUUAUUCUGUUUCCAUCGAUCUAGCUUCCUUCCCCUCCUUGCCUUCUCAUCUUUGCCUUUGGGUAAAUGUCGACUGUUUGGUCUCAUAUAGUUAUUUGUUUAAGAGAGCACAUUAUUCACAGGUGAUAUUGUUUAUUUUAUAAGUAAAUCUAUUAUUUGGCUGAAAGGUGAUAUACAGAAAUAGCUUCAAAUCCAAGUUCAAAGGUUACUUUAGGCUGAUAGUCUCAGGGUUCCUCUAGUCUCUAUUGGUCUAGUAGAUCUGGCCUUUUUUAGGAAUUUGAGUUUUCUACAUUUUUCUCCCUUUCUGUCUGGGACCUUCUAUCGUGUCCCUGGUCAGAAUAGUCGGUAGUGAUAGCCCGGUGCCAUCUAGUUCUUCUGGUCUCAGGCUAGAGGAAAUUGUGGAUUGUGUAGGCUGUUAGUCCUGUGGACUAGUUUCUUCUUUGAGCCUUUGGUUUUCUUGAUUCUCUUUUGCUCAAUAUGAAUAGAGACUAAUAGUUGUAUCUUAGAUGGCUGUUCACAAGUUUUUAAGACCCCAGACCCUACUCACCAAUAUAGGGUGUAAAAAUGGCAUGGGGCAGCAUCUGACCUCCUCUAACUUCACUAGGGGGAGAGAGAAUCACCACCAUCAUCAGUGCAAAGCUGAUUCCUAUGAAGCGGAAGUCAGGCAUACUUCUUCUCACCAACCUUUUUACCAACACCAGCCAUCCCUCCCAUGGCACUUUCUGCUUUUCUGCUGAGUUUGAUAAUUCAUUGCAAUGACCCCACGGAACUCACAGAUAAUACUACAGCUAUGGUGUUUAUUAGGGAAGUAAUAGGUUGUAGCUCAGGAUACGGUUCUUUGAUCAGGACAGCUUCUCAGCCAUGAGAGCAGGUGGACAUCUCUCUGGCCCUCAGCCCCUCAGCCCCUUGGCCUCUGUCCUGCUCAGGAGAGUGUUACAAAGCAUUUUUAGCUCCACCAGUAAGUGCCUAAGAGGCAGCCCACUCCGCCAGCAAGCCUUCUGCCCAAAAGUGCUCAACUCUCUUGGCUGAUAGGCAAUUCAUAGUGACCCUAUAGGACAGGGUAGAAUUGCCCCCAUAGGGUUUCCAAAGAGUGCCUUAGGGAUUCGAACUGCCGACCUUUUGGUUAGCAGCUGUAGCUCUUAACCGCUACACUACUAGGAUUUCUACAACGACAAUAAAAAAAAACCUCCCAAAUCAUUAGUGUCUUAACAAAAUCCUACUGAAGGCAGAAUAUGUACUGGCCCGAGGUAGAUGCAACGGUGAAUAAGAGCUAUUGUCUUUCUCUCACAGAGCCUAAAAUCCAGUGGGGAAGACGUUCAGAAAUUAAGUAAGCAAUAUAAGUGUGAUGAAAUUCACAAAAUAAAGACUAGACUCAGUGAUCUGACAGAGACUGGAGGAACUCCCGAGACCAUGGUCACCAGACACCCUGCUAACUCAGAACUGAAGCCACUCCCAAAGUCCACCUUUCAGCCAAAGAUUAGACAGGCCUAUAAAACAAACAGGAAACCCUGGUGGCGUAGUGGUUCAGUGCUACAGCUGCUAACCAAAGGGUCGGCAAUUCGAACCCACCAGGCGCUCCUUGGAAACUCUAUGGGGCAGUUCUACUCUGUCCUAUAGGGUCGCUAUGAGUCGUCGAAUUGACUCGACGGCAUUGGGGUUUUUUUUUUAUAAAACAAACAAUAACACGCAUGAGGAAUGUGCUCCUUAGUUCAAACAAGUGUAUGAGACCAAAUGGGCAACACUUGCCCAAAAAACAAGACAAGAAAGCAGAAAGGGACGGGAAAACUGGAUGAAUGGACAUGGGGAACCUGGGGUGAAAAGGAGGAGAGUAUUGACGCGUUGCAGGGACUGCGACCAAUGUCAGAAAACAAUUUGUGUAUAAAUUUUUGAAUGAGAAGCUUUUGCGCUGUAAACUUUCAUCUAAAGCACAGUGAAAUUAAAAAAUAAUGUGAUGAAAUGUACAAAGCAGGGAAAAACCAGGUGUCAUUCUGUUGGCUCCGGGAGGUACGCUGUGAGGGGUUGGAGUGGUCUGGAGUGCUGCCAGCAGGGUGGUGAGGAACUUGGGGAGAGAAAACCCAGGGCACAGAGGAGAGCUACCUUCAUAUAUCCGAAAGGCUGGUGGGUGGAAACAGGCUUAGCCUUUAUUUAUGAGUGUUGUGUUGUGAUUAAAGGUGUGCACCUUGUUCAGGCAGAGCAGAGCUCGAGUCCCAGCUCAGCCACUCACCUGAUGACUGACUGUAUGCAAAUGAACUUAACCUUUCUCAGAUCUAGUUUUUUCAUCUGUAAAAAAUAAACAAAUAAACAAACAAUUGCUGUUGAGUUGACUAUGACUCAUGGUGACCCCAUGUGUGUCAGAGUAGAACAGUGCUCCAUAGGGUUUUCAGUGACUGAUUUUUUGGAAGUAGAUUGCCAGGCCUUUCUUCCAAGGCACCUCUCAGUGAACUCAAACCUCCAACCAUUUGGUUAGCGGUCUAACACUAUCUGGGGGCUUCUUUUUCAUCUGUGAAGAAGGGAUGAUGAUACCUCUUCGUGAGAGUGUUGUGAAGAGUCAAUGAGAUAACAUAUGUAAGGCAUGUAGUCCAUUGCCUGACAGUAACUAUUAUUACUAUUAAGUGGCUCCACAGGGUAGAAAAACAGCCAGUGGGUAAAGGAGACAGACUUAGGCUCACCAUAAAGGACCAAUUUUCUACGAGUCAAAGCUGUUCAAGGGUGAGACGUUAGCUGUGUGAAGGGAUACGCUCUCCUUCACCGCAACUGUUCAGGCAUUGACUAGACAUGAGCACAUGGACCUGCAGCAACAAAAUCACCUAAAAAAAUCCAGAGACCUAGGCCCCACCCAGACCUGCUGAAUGAGGAUCUUUAGGGAUGGGGCUUGGAAAUCUGUAUUUUUAACAAGUGAUCCAGAGGCAGAUGUAGAGCCACUGGACCAGGUGAUCAUUUUGCUGGAGGCGGACAGUGAACUGAAGCCUCUCUGGUCCUGAAAUACUAGAAUUCCGUGAGUAUCUUGUGAUGCUUCUUGCACAAGGCUCUGGUUUGGAACAGACACUGGAGUCUCUGGGUGGUGCAAAUACUUAACGCGCUUGGCUGCUAACCCAAAGGAUGGCGGUUCGAGCACACCCAGAGGGGUCCUGGAAGAAAGGCAAAGCUAUUUCCAAAAAAUCAACCGUUGAAAACCCUCUGGAAGGCAGUUCUACUCUGACACACUUGGGGUCGCCGUGAGUCAGUGUUGAUUUGAUGACUGGUUUUGGGUUUUUUGUAAUAUUUAUUGGCUUUCUUUUCUCCGGACUUUUCUCCCUCAAAGCAAGCCACUCUUUUGGCCAAAUGCUCAGUGUCAAGGUUCAUUGCUAGUAUGAAAUUACCUAGUAUAAAGAGCAAGUUUUCUUGGGCUGGAGGGGAGAGAUUGGGCUGACCAGUUCUUGCAGGUUCAGGACCGCCCGAGUUCCCUCUUCAGAACUUCUUAGGUUCAAAUUUUGACUCAGCCAUUUACUGACUUUGUAACACUGGGAAGCAAUUUAGCCAUUCGAUGCCUUGGUGUCCCCUUCUCUUAAGGUUGUUAUAAAACUUUCUAUGUCAUGAGGUCAUCGUGAGAAUUAAAUGUGUUCGUACAUAUAAAACACUUAAGAGAGCGCCUGGAAUGAAGGAUGUUUUCCAUAACUGUUAACUGCUAUGGUCAUCAUCAUCCUUAUCCUUAUCCUUAUCCUUAUUACUACCUUACUACAAUUUCCAGCCAUCUGAGUCUCUGAGGUGUGGAGUCCUUCCUGGUGAAGAAUGAGAGUUGGAGUGAAUCCUCAGUUAUUUCACACCAUUGUAUGCUGGCUGAGUCAGCGGCAAUCGGAUGACUCCUGUGCACCCUGGUUGCCUGAGGGAAGGGAGUCAGCUCAGUGGGUCCCUCUUUCCCACGGUGGUACAUCUGAGGCCAUGGAGCCAGAAGCAAGGAUUGUCUGAGGAAGACAACAUGGCGAUGGCUUCCCAGAGCUCGCUUUGCCUUUUCCCUUCCCCGGGAGCACGCUCCUCUCUCAGGUUUCCUUCUCCAUGUUUCGCAAGUCAUUGGUGCCUUGGUGUAGAUGGAGGUUUCAGUAUGUCUGUCACUCUACAAACACCUCUGAAAAGGGUGUACCCAUAGAGACCAGGACUUAGAGGCAGAGGGUAGCACAGGCUUAACUCUUGCUGCAAGACCGCCUGGCUCAGAUUCCAGCUCUGUUGUGUCUAAGUUUUGUGAGCUUGGGCAAGUUUUGGAAUAUUCUGGUGCUUCAGUCUUGUCAUUUAAAAAAAAAAAAAGUUGCCUUUCUGUCGACUCUGACUCAUGGUGACCCAGUUGCAUCACAGUAGAACUGUGGUUUUCAAUGGCUGACUUUCUCAAAUGGUUUUUAAUGGCUGACUUUUUGGGAAGUAGAUUACCAAGCCUUUCUUCCAAAGAGCCUCGGAAUGGACUCAAACCGCCAGGGAUUCCUUCAUUUUUGAGACAGUGUGAUGGAUUGAAUUGUGCCCCCCUCCAAAUGUGUGUCACUUUCAUAGGUCAUAAUUACUAGUACUGUGUGGUUGUCUACCAUUUUGUAAUCUGAUGUGAUUAUCCGAUGUGUUGUAAAUCCUACCUCUCUGAUAUUAAUGAGGCAGGAUUAGAGGCAGUUAUGCUAAGGACUGGACUCAGUCUACAAGAUUAGGUUGUAUCUUGUGUCAAUCUCUUUUGAAAUGUAAAAGAGAAGCGAGCAGAGAGACAGGGGAAUUUCAUACCACCAAGAAGGAAGUGCUGGGAGCAAAGUGUGUCCUUCGGACCCGGGGUCCCUAUGCUAAGAAGCUCUAAGACCAGAGGUACCUUCCUCCAGAGCCAACAGAGAAAGCCUCAUCCUGGAGCUGGCACCCUGAAUUCAGACUUCUAGCCUCCUAAACUUGCCAACAAUAUGCCCAAGCAGGUUGAAGUGCGAAUGCACGACAGCCACCUCACCUCUGAGGAGCCCACGCACCGGCACCUGGGCCUGCGCUUGUGUGACAAGCUAGGGAAGAAUCUACUGCUCACGCUGACAGUGUUUGGUGUCAUCCUGGGGGCAGUAUGUGGAGGGCUUCUUCGUUUGACGUCUCCUAUCCACCCUGAUGUGGUUAUGUUAAUAGCCUUCCCAGGGGAUAUACUCAUGAGGAUGCUAAAAAUGCUCAUUCUCCCUCUAAUUAUCUCCAGCUUAAUCACAGGGUUGUCGGGCCUGGAUGCUAAAGCCAGUGGCCGCUUAGGCACAAGAGCCAUGGUGUAUUACAUGUCCACAACCGUCAUCGCUGCUGUGCUGGGAGUCAUCCUGGUCUUGGCCAUCCACCCAGGGAAUCCCAAACUCAAGAAGCAACUGGGGCCUGGGAAGAAGAAUGAUGAAGUGUCCAGCCUGGAUGCCUUCCUAGACCUAAUUAGAAAUCUCUUCCCUGAAAAUCUUGUCCAAGCCUGUUUUCAACAGAUACAAACAGUGACAAAGAAAGUCCUGGUGGCACCUCAGUCGGACAAGGAGGCCAACGCAACCAGCGCCGUCGUCUCCCUGCUGAACGAGACUGUGACUGAGGCGCCUGAGGAAACGAAGAUGGUCAUCAGGAAGGGCCUGGAGUUCAAGGACGGGAUGAAUGUCUUAGGUCUGAUAGGGUUUUUCAUUGCUUUUGGCAUCGCCAUGGGGAAGAUGGGAGAGCAGGCCAAGCUGAUGGUGGAAUUCUUCAACAUUUUGAAUGAGAUCGUAAUGAAGUUAGUGAUCAUGAUUAUGUGGUACUCUCCUCUGGGUAUCGCCUGCCUAAUUUGUGGGAAGAUCAUUGCAAUCAAGGACUUGGAGGUGGUUGCUAGGCAACUGGGAAUGUACAUGAUAACGGUGAUUGUGGGCCUCAUCAUCCAUGGGGGCAUCUUUCUCCCCUUGAUUUACUUUCUAGUGACCAGGAAAAACCCUUUCUCCUUUUUUGCUGGCAUUUUCCAAGCAUGGAUCACUGCCCUGGGUACCGCUUCCAGUGCUGGAACUUUGCCGGUCACCUUCCGUUGCCUGGAAGAAAAUCUGGGGAUUGAUAAGCGCGUGACCAGGUUUGUCCUCCCUGUGGGAGCAACCAUUAACAUGGAUGGCACAGCCCUUUAUGAAGCAGUGGCCGCCAUCUUUAUAGCCCAAAUGAAUGGUGUUGUCCUGGACGGAGGUCAGAUUGUGACUGUGAGCCUCACAGCCACCCUGGCGAGUGUCGGUGCUGCCAGCAUCCCCAGUGCCGGGCUGGUCACCAUGCUCCUCAUUCUGACAGCUGUGGGCCUGCCGACAGAGGACAUCAGCCUGCUGGUAGCUGUGGACUGGCUGCUGGACAGGAUGAGAACUUCAGUCAAUGUUGUGGGUGACUCUUUUGGGGCUGGAAUUGUCUAUCACCUCUCCAAGGCUGAGCUGGAUUCCAUUGACUCCCAGCACCAAGUGCAUGAAGACAUUGAAAUGACCAAGACUCAAUCCAUUUAUGAUGACAUGAAGAACCACAGGGAAAGCAAUUCUAAUCAAUGUGUCUAUGCUGCACACAACUCUGUCAUAGUAGAUGAGUGCAAGGUAACUCUGGCAGCCAACGGAAAGUCAGCCGACUGCAGCGUUGAGGACGAGCCUUGGAAACGUGAAAAAUAAGGAUAUGCCUCUCAGCAAAUUCUUGAAUAGACUCCCCAGCGUAUCUUAUGGUAAAAGAUGAUAUAAAGAUUAAACAAGCUUUCUUUAAAAAAAAGGAAAAAAAAAAACCCCACAUUAUAUUCCUAUGUUUACUUAAUCUGUUAGCUGAGGCUUAGAGGAACCAUUGUGAGUUGGUGAUGGUAGGCACGGUGCUGUGUCUUUGCCAAAUAAUGCUUCAUAACUGUCUAACUUUCUCAUAUGUAUUACUGUUUGAAUGGAUGCUGCUGGAGGAGUCAGUUUGAAUGGGAGACACAUUCUUGCCUGCUUCCCCUUUCUCUCAAGAUGCAGAAAUGUGGAUGCCCUUUUCCCAGGGGAUGCAACUGAAGCAGUGCGGUACACUCCAGGGACUCGGGAUAAUGAGCAAACUCAGUGUGUUAUUCCUUAAAGUAUUCUCCGUGUCUCAUCUUGUUAUGCACAAGAGAUUUUGUUAGAAGCCUCUAGAAGUAAUUUCCUUUAAACGUCUUGUAGAGUUUGGCACAUGUGUUGAUUAAAAGCAAGCACCUGUCUUAGGGAACUCUGACAAAUCAUUUUCAGUAGCCUCUUUGAGUUAAAUGUUUCAACGUUUUAGUGGGAGCCAUAGUCUUAAAGGCAGUUGUGUAUGGAGCUCACUGUGUCUCUACCCUACUUUGUGUAGUUUGUAUGAAUAAUUAUUGAAAGUUCAAAGUAUGUUUAUAAUUAGGGAUAAAUAUGAUAAUGGUUAGGAAGUAAUUUAUACAUGACCACUGCAUAUAUUGACAAAAAUAAAGCACAGUCAAUAUAAAUUUUAACCAGAUUCAUCUAUAAAAAUUUGUUUAUAUUUGGUUUGCGUUUCGCCUGGCAUAGUGAAAUCAAGUAAGAUUGUUUGAUCUCUGUUUCACUUUCUUGUUUCACUCCUAAGAUCCUUGUUUGGGUUCUAACGAAAGAGACACUUUUAAUCCCCAUCUGGUUGAGUCAUAUUCUCAUCAACCUAGAAGGCCUCAUCAUUUUACAGUCCUCACAUAUGGAGGACAGUUGUGUUGGCUGUGCAUCUUUUAAUAACAUCUCUUAAGAAAAAAAAAAAACUAGUAUUUAUCUAGUAUGCAGAAAGCUUUUUGUUAUAUUAUGUCAAAGCAUAUAAAACUAGUUACAGGACAUAGUUGGAAGCACAGCCAGUCUUUUCUCCAACCUUCUCUGUGCAAAGGAACAGAAAACAAGCAUGUGCGAAGUCCUAUAAAGGUAACACUCCUACGGCAGAGUCUAAACAGCCUUAAACCAUGAAGUGGGAUAACUCUACACAAUGCAACACAGGAGAUCUUUUCACGGCUAUGAAAGUUUGAAGGAGUAAACCAUAUAUAAUUGGAGAAGCGCAAUGCCUUGCAUGCUGUAGGCACCCAGUGAAUUCUUAUUGAUGGAUUAUACAAGUUAAAUUUUUUAAUGUCUCUACUAUCAUUUACUAUUGGAUAGCCCACAGUAUUUUCCUAGGUUGCUGGGUUUGAGAGUUUGUUGAGGACUUGAAUAUGAAUCGUUGAUAAAUAUAGCACAUUCGACUCUAAGGAGUAUGUAGAACUUGACCCACAGGUGGGAGCAUGUCAUCCAAAGCCAGCAGAUAAAUGUGGAGAUAUUCAUGAAUAGUCAUAGAAUGCAACUUGUCUGAGGUGAGGGUGUUAUUGACAUCACAUACCCUGUAAUACCAACUCCUUCUGACUCCUCUCUUGUAACUCAGAUGCCUUUGGAACAUACAAAAGAUGUGAGAUCCAGUAGUUCUUGUCUCUCAAACACCAGUUAUUUUUGGAGAAGGAUUGCUAUUGAGCAGUAUUAAGCAGCUUUUUUACUUUUUUUUUUGUUUUUGUUUUUAAAGAAUGGCAUUAGUCUUUAUUUUCAUUAGAUGCCAGGUUAUCAGGUAGCCGAGGAUGUGCUGAAAUGUAGUAGCGGAAAAUGCAUACUUUAGAGCAAACCUUGUGGGCUAAGGGGACCUGUAUUUAGCUAUGAAACUGGUAACGGUUGUCUUAACUCAAGUGGUGCUCCCAAGAGCGUGUUUAUGGUGAGUAGAAGAAUCUAGACAAAGCAUCUAGGAGUUGUUGUUGAAGGUCAGCUUUAUGCUUGUAUACACUGACAUGUUUCUCAAUGAGCUGUCAAACCCUGAAUCCCAAAAUGUAUUCCCAGAGGAUUGUCUUCCCAGUGCUCUGCCUGAAAGUCUUUCCAGUUUGUUUUAUCUUCAGUUUUUUUUUCCCCCCUUAACUAUCCUGUUAGCCUAUAAAUACAUAAAGGGACAAUAUGUUCAAAAAAAAUUAGGUGCAUAAAGGCUAACAAAGCAGACUUUUCUGAUUUGAGACUCUGUGCAGUAAGUCUCAUUAAAAUAUACUUAGAAAAUCACCCUUAGCUGGAAAGGCAAUAAAUCAUGUUAAAAAUAAACAAUUUCUAAAAUUCAAGACUAGCAUAAAAAUCCAGGAUGUAUGUAGAGCUGAUAUAUGAAUAUACACUCUGGUUUUUUAGGUCUUGUUCAUUCUUCCAAUGCCACACCCAUUGGGGUUUUCCUUGCCCAGCAUAUGUGCCAUAAACAGAACAAAUGGAUCCAGAGUAUACCUCUAAUGACGUUUUUGUAAAUGGGAUAUGUAUAACCUGUCAGUUAUAUGCAGAGAUUUAUAUUAAUAGAUCCAACACAGAUAGGAAUGCUUGUUACAGUCCAUUAAUAUUUGAUAAUACAUAAAUGUUAUAUUUAUAUACAGACAUAGCAGCAGAUACACGCACUGCAUCAUGUUAGAGGAAACUGGCCUUUAAGUCAGUGCUUUGGCAACACCAUUUUGUAAUAGACUCGUUCACCUCUUUUUAGGAAUCAGAGAAUCAUUUCAAGAGUAAACCAACUAAAUCAACUUUUAAUACUUCCCUUUCUCAUUUUUUGCCCUUUGGGGAACCCAAGUGGAAUCCCCAUUUGAUUAUCUACUGAAAUCCAGUGGAUCAAAUCCCAUCAGUGAGAACAAUGAGUUAUCUCUCAAGGUAACGCUUUACCUCAGAGCUUUCAGGAUGUGCCUCUCUAUGCAAAGAGCAAGGAGCCCUAGUGGCACGAUGGUUGAGUGCUUGGCUGCUAACUGAAAGGUCAGCAGUUUGAACACACCAGUGGCUGCUCCCAUAAAGAUUUCUGCCUUAGAAACCCUAAGGGGGCAGUUCGACUCUGACCUAUAGAGUCGCUAUGAGUCGGACUUGACUUGAUGGCACGCAACAACAACAACAUGCAAAGAGCAUCAGAGAAUCAAGACAAUCAUUUAGAUUGUACAGAUCCUCAACACAGGACUUUAGGUGACAAUGUCUGCACCAAAAUAGCUACCGGAUUCAAUCCUUUACUUCAUUUUCGGUGUGAAAAGACAGCCUAUAGUCUGAUCACUGCCUGAGGAAGUUACCAUGCCCCACGGUAGACAAAUAUUUUACUUCUUCUUCUCUCUAAUCACUAGUCAGCUAGAUGUUCAUGAAAGCCUAAAGAAAGAGUGCCAAGAUGCUGGAUUUAGUUGUGGAGGCUGAGAAGGACUUAGGGGAAAUUCAGUUCAUGGGGAGAUAUACCCCUGUUAGGUGAUGCCAGAAAUCACAACGACCAUUUGAUGAGAGGAUCUCUGGUCAUUUCCACUUGUGCAUGGGGGAAGUAUGCUGUUCACAAAUGUAUCUAGUCAGGAAGCCCUUUCAGAGUAGAUGGGUGGGGUAACUCAUCUACUGGGCCCAGAAAGGAAACCCAAUCCUAUCAUGUUUUGUAAAUACCAUACUUCCGUUUCCUGUCAAUAGUAAAAGUCAGGUUUUAAUAUUUCACUUUUGUCAGAAUCAAGGUUUCUACAUGUGCAAUAUUUUCCCAUUAAAUACAGCAAUAAAUCCAAGUACGAACGCACAUGUCUCCAUAGUUCAGACUCUUGGCGAACAAGUCUCAGCACUGUGCCUGGUUUGAUGACUAAAAGUACUUAGCAUUUAUACCCAGUGGAGGCGGUCCUUCCCACUUCACUGCUCUUUAACUUUCCGAACCAUACUGCUGUCUAGGUUGCUGGUUUUGCUUUGCUUAUUCUACAGUUAAACUCAUUCCAAACCAAGAAAAAGGACCAAAUGGGAUUUUCAAUGACUGUGACUCUUGCUCUUCAAAUAAGGAUAUUAUGGUCUGGGGGCCUAAGAAGAUUAAAAUAUAACAAAGAGCUUGAAAGAAUUCUAAAGUGAGAAUUUUGUAAAUCUAGUUCUCAGGGAAGAUUCAUGGUCUCAUUAUCUGUAGCGAUUUCUUCUGGCUAAAACCUAGAAGAAGGGCCACUGAGUGCCAGCUCAGACAGGUGGCACUAUAGACAGAUUGAUCUUCCUGGGUGAAAUGAGUUAGAAGCUGCCCCUGAAACAUUUGUUAUGGUUUUCUCCAAGGGGAAACUCAAUUUUCUUGUCCUUUCUUCCUAUUCCACUCAUCAUUGCUGCUGCUUAUAAGAGAGCCAAUUCUAUAAAGGACCAUAUUAUGUUGGUACAAGGGUUGGCUUUAGAAUAGAUGACAGGGAAGCUUAAUUAGACAGUAUAUAAUUUCAUAGCCCAAAACAGAAAAUUCAGUUAAGGACAUAGAGGUGAUGAGAAGCAUCCUGAUCUGGCGGAAGAAACAUCGGGAUUAGACUCUGCCAAUUUUUAGCCGUGUGACUUACACAAGUCACUUUACCUCCAAACCUCAUUUUUUCCCAUUUGUAAAGCAAAGAGUGUAGAUUAAAUGGUUAAAACCUCUUUCCAGCUUGAUUCUGGCUUUAAUUUAUUCUUUCUUAAGGGGCUUUCUGCCGCAGAAUAUUACUUAUAUUUUAAGUUGGAGGAGCCCGCAAUAACGAUCUAUAAAUUUUUCUCGUUCCCUUUGGGGGAAAUUAAAUUCAAGCCUCUAUUCACUUGAUUUUUUACAACAAAUUGGGAAGAUGGCCAUGUGAAUCAACAGCGUGGUAUUUGGGGACACAAACAGACAUCCUUUUAUAAAAUUGCCCUUUACUUAAACUCCCUGUCCUAAUACAAGUAGCAGUUUAGCUCAGGGAAGAAUGCAUGCUUCUGGCAUCACGGGAGAGGACUGGAUGAGUGUAGAGCCUCACCCAAUCUCUUACAUCAUUUGUGCGGUAGCAACAGAGCCCACUCUGAAUACCCAAAACACCCAAUUUCGUCUGCAAACAAUCCUAAUUGCCAAGCCAGUAUGGGAAUUUGGGAGCCUUUGGCAAAUAAACUUGAACACUCUUAUGAAAUUCGGUGCAAGCUUGCACAGUAAAUAGCAACUGUCUGUAAAUACCUUCCCGCUACCACUUGUGUGCACACAUGCACAACCAUUCACAGAGGAGCCUGGCCCAAGUCCUUUCUUUGGAGAGAUAUGCAGGAAUGUUUGAUGGAAUUCAUUUUCCAAUUUUUCUCCUGGUUUGCUUUUUGAUAGGCGUCACAUCGUGCGUGGAAAAGCUCUAACUUAUGGCAAUGGUGUUUUGCUGACUCUUCAAUGCUGAGGAGUUCUAGGGUGGAUGGCUUUGGGGGACAUCUCAGAAAAUCCAUGGUCUGCAAGUGCAUGUCACCAGCCAAGAUCUUUGAACAAUCUCUUGUACUUUCUGGUACUGCUGCUGCGGGCCAUUGCUUUCAUCAUUGCUCUUUGUCUGGACUUCUGCUAAGUAUGGAGUAGAGCUGGUGUUAUGUUGUGUGUAGCUUCCAUUUCCGGUAAAGACUUUGGUUCUUUAGAUGUGAGGAUGCCAGAUGUUACGCUAGGAUUAAAAGGAUGGUUGUUUUCCCCAUUAGUGCAGCCAGAUAAAGACGUUCUUAAUUGAUCCAUAUAAGAACCUAUAGAAAAGUGAGAAGAGUCCCUCAGUUCUUAUUUCAUUCACCCUAAAUAGCAUCCUGAAUGAUUCCUCAUCUGUCAGUUUUUUGUUUUGUUUUGUUUUUUCCCCUUUGUCCAGCCUUGCUUUGCCUUCCUACCUCUGGCCAAAUAUCCAUUUUCCUAUUUUUAUAGUCUUUCUGAUUGUUAUGCAGGGCCUUUUGUGCUGAGACUAAAAUCUGCUACUGGAAUAGAUCCCACUGUUCAGCAGAGCCAUCAUUUGACCCAGUGAGUGGGUAGCAACAGAUGCCCAGUUCCCCUAGAGACACCUCCAAUCCCUGGGUGAGUGUUGGAACUAGCAACUGACUGUGAGCUUUGUUAGCAUCCCCGGUGGAGAUGGGAUGAUGCAGUCAGAGCCUCGCUCCUUCUGGGGCUUGGUUUCUUCCCCUGGCAACGAGUUACCCUGCCUGGAAACAGCCUGUUGCCUUGUAGGGGAGAAAUGCGCACAGAAUUACUAGCCAAGGAGGUUGGUUCAGCACAUCUCUGAAGUUUCUCCCCUGUGGAGAGAAUUCCCUGAAAUGUAUGAUCAGAAAGCUAUUUGCUUAAUGCUCUGGAAGAGUUCAUUUUCUUACUAGGAACUCACCCUUCAGCAUCUGGGUUUUUCUGCCAGUCACCUUAAUGCCCUCUCUUCCUCCUUCUCCUAGCAAACCUCAGCACUGUAUCUCCACGCUUCACAGCAUGGAUCAGAUUAUCUGAUCACUGUAGAAAUUUGUAUAUAAAAUGCUACCUUGGUGAGGAUUUUUGUAUAUUGUUUUUCUAUUUGUUUUCUACAGUUUGAGGAGAGAGCUGGCAAACUGUGAAUCUACUUUGAUUUUGCUGCCAGCAAAUAUAUUUUGGCUUCCUGGUAAGAAUCUAUGUUACCAGGGACAAUAUAUUGCCCUCUGAUCAGUAUUGUACCCCAAACCCACAAAUUCCUCCAGCCUAAUCUUACAUUCUUGUUUAAAACAAAUACCCAAGCCUCUUUGCUAUUAUUUAUAAAGAGCAUGAGAAAAUGUAUUUCUACUCCUGGAUGUUAUAAGUCCAAUAUUAAUUUAGCCUUUAAUAAUGUUAUAGGUUUUUAUCUAUCCUUCAGAAAUCAUGAAAAACUCAGUGUACACUGAAUGAAUCUAUUUAAUAUUUGUAAUUUUGAAGACAGAUAUUUUCUUAUGGGAUUUUCCAUAUAGCCACACAUGUAGAAUUAUAACUCUCUGGAGCACAAGAAAUUUCUACAGCAAUUUACAGGUAUCGGUUGUUUCCUGAGCACACAGCCACACUUGAGAAAUUUCAGAACAUAGUCCUUAGUGAUGCAAUGAACAAAAUGACCAUUAAAAAAACAAAAAAGUUGCCAUCGAGUCAAUUCCAACUCAUAAUUGCUUAAAUUCCUUAGCUGGUUAGGAUAUACAUUUAAACAAGUAGCCUAUUUAACGAGAGGACUAGUGCUGACUCCUUAUUUUGGACACCAAGACUUGUUAUUCCAGCCAAGCAUUCCAAUUUUACUUUCCUCUAAGAAAGAUCAAGGACAAGGUGAUAGCAGAGAAAUCAUUCCUCUAUCAGAAUCCCUCAUGCCUUCCUAAUUGUUUUAUGUGAAAGUUGGCUUAGGAAAACUCUGAGUGGCAGAGACUGGAGGGUGAACGCUAGGCAGCAAAUCAGGACAGAUUUGUUGCCAUUAAUUCUUGCCAAGCAAAAUGGUAGUAAAUGUCACAUUGUUAUAUGAAGUGAGCACAUAUUUUUAAGAAAACAUUCAGUACCAGCUAUGAAGCAAUACCCUAUCACUGGCGCCUGGAGGUGGAGGUGUACGGUCACAUUUGAAACUGUUCAGAAGAAGCCCAGGUGAAUUUGUCCUCAGGUAAAUAACAAACUAUAUAACCUCCCCCCAAAAGGCAAAUCAGUAGCCACUACGAAGAUAAGGUGUCUUCCUUCAGCCAAACACACUUCCUGGUAUGGUUGGUAGGGCUCAUAUUUUUGCCAAGGUCUGUGUUUUAAGAAAUAGUUGGUUACGUAGAAAGUGUACUGGUAUGUAUUUGAACCUGCUCCUCAUUAAGUAAACAAAUUAGGUGUAUCCUUAACUGGCAAUGAUUGUCUCUGUGGUUUUCAAGUACAGGUAGCUGUCAAAGCAUGAAGUUCUGGUGUGUACACGCUGACACUUGGUUCACGCAUGAAGAACAGUGCCUAUGCACUUUGUGUAGCUAUACAGUAGGUAACUAUGUGUAAUUUCAGUGAAAUGGUGUAUAGAUGUAUUGUAAUUUAAUGUAAAUGUUAUUUUUUGGCUGUUCAUCUAAGUGCAGUAGACAUGUUGAUUGGUGUUUUGAAAACCCUUCUUUUCUUUCUUAGACACCUAGCGGUGAAUCAUUUCUCCUCUUUGGUAAUGUGAUUUGAGGAUACGUAUGAGUGAGGAACUUAUCCGUGAGUCCUUUGUACUGAUAAUUGUUUGAAAGUCUGUGUGAGUGUCCAGCACCUUUGUAAAUACACAGUUCAGAGCAGUGGUGGGGUGGAUGUGUGUCCAGGUUCUUAGUGAAUGGUCAUCUCACUUGUGUAUAAUGCACAGUGAAUGUUUUCUAGGCUUAGGUAGGUUUAGAAUGAGGGCAUUCAUCUACAAUCCUCCUUCACUAGGUGGAUUGGGCUCAGAGUGGCUAAAGGUUAUUCUGUUCUUGUGUAUGUUAGCAUCAUGUCCUUAGGCAAGGGGCAGCCUCUCUGACUGUCAAGUACUAAUCGUGAUUUUCAUGAUUUAAGGAUUCUGAAGAGUCUUGUCCCCCUUGACUUCUUGAGUUAGGGCACAGAAGAAAUCCAUGUGUGUUUCUGCCAUACAGGCAAAACCCCAAAAAAGCACAGUUCUGUUAGGAAAAUGCACGGUUGUCUGUAGUAAGGCAGAACACUAAAAGCACGGGAACAGUCAGUGUGCAGCUUUGGAGUUUCAGGGCAGGGAACUGACAAAGCACAGAUCCCACAUAUGUGAAGGAAGAUACGACUUCCUGUACCUAAUAUGCUCUGUGUGUGUGUUUUGAGUGAUUGCAGAUGAGAUUAACUGUAAUUAUACACUUGCCUCCUAAAAGACUCAUUCUGUCUCAUUAUCACUAAAUGGAAUGCUGUGAGGUCUAUUGCUCCUGUAACCCCUUCUUCCUCUUCCCCAAGGACAGAAAAGAAAUGGUCAUGUGCUCUUGGGAACAUUGAGUGGCCCUCUCUUUUCAUGACAGAAGUGAAGCCUAAGAUAUCCCCCGAGAGCAUGAAGCACGUUCAUUUGCAGUGCUUUCUCCAGAUGACUGGGAUGAGGGGAUAUGGUGGACAGGCACUUUUUUCCUAGAAAAUGUGGCUUCUUCAACUCUUGUCAAAUUCUGGAUGGAAACCUUACUGAAAGGAAACUAGGCUUUAGGCAGGAUUCUUUUUGAAGAGUCUUGUAUGUGUAGAAUGAAAGAUAAGAUUGUUUCCCUCAGAUUCACAAUGCCCAUUGGUGUGAAGUCAUGUAACAUAAAGCAUCUAUGACACAUAGUAUUUAAAGACUAAUGAGUGCAAGAAGAUAAAAACUUCAGCUAAUUCUUGGGUUGUUUCUUAUAUACGGUACUAGGAAAUGCCUUGUCAGAAAAGCACAUUUUGGGUAGUUGGGUUCUCUUGUUUUCACCUUUAGCUUUCUAAGCUUUCCUACAAUGUGGACUUAUUACUGUAACCUUUCAUGUGUAAAAUAACUGGACAUUCUUUAUAUGCUGGAAAUAAUCUGUGAAUCCAAUAUUUCAUUAAGUGUUUUAACUUUUGUGUAUAUUUCUCUCAUCAAUAAAUGUGGAUUCAAAUUUCUCUUGAUAGCUGCCUCUUCUUCAAUUCUCAUUUGAGGCUAUUGUGGGUUAUACACUAAGCUCCUCGAGUACUCCUUUCAGAGAAGUUUGUGGAUGGAAAGCUACAAUGUCCUAGAUGAAUAGUUUCUAGGAACCCUAGAUAUAUAAGGAAGUCACAUCUUAUAUGAAAAUUAUUAUCUAAAAUUAGUGAGAUGGAGUAAAAAUGAUGUAUAAUCAAAAUUAUCCUAUGAAUCAGACAGAAUGGGCUUGCCCAAAAUAUCAGAAGCUUAAAAUACCCAAGGCUAUUUUUCACUCAUGUGAAAUUUCCAUCACAAGUUGGCUAGGAGACUCUGCUCUGUGUUGUCCUCACUCAGGGAGGCUGGAAAGACUCCAUCUCCAUACUUCCACACUUGUCAAUACUGGAAAAAAGGAGUAUGGAAAGUCUUACACUGACUCUUAAAGCUUCCUCCUGAAUGUUAUUAUGUACCUCACUUCUGCUCAUAUAUCAAUGGCCAAAGCAAGUCCCUUGGCUUCACCUAACUUCAUGGGUAGAGGUACGUGCAACCUUACUAGGUGCUCAGAAGGAACACUGGAGAUAGUAGGUGAAUAGCUGUAAUGACUAUAGGCCAUGAAAAUUCCUUAAAUUGUUUAUAAAGGAUAGUAUACAAGCAUAUAGUCUCUCAGUAGGUCCAACAGAACACGGUUUUCCUCUAAGAUUACAACAAAUCAUUACUCUGGAAGUAGGUGGCAAGAUGUAAGGGCUAUGUUAUGGACAUAAAAUGCAUGAUUUCCAGCAGUAGUAUCACACUCAGCAUGGCGAGAUUCUCACACAGCGAUGGAGAUAUGUACAGAAAUGGAGAAUCACUGAGAGAAUGGCAGAGCCUCUUUUCAUGUUAUUCGGCAUAUACCCAUUGAGUGAAAUGGCAGGCUGAUGGCCUAAAUUACUGGAGUUGUUUUCUCUCAUUCUUUUUUUUUUGGGGGGGGUGGUGAAAAGAAGGCCUGUAUUUGAUAUUAAGUAAGUAAUAUACAUAGAUGUGAUAUAUCAGUAUUCUUUUCACGAAUACUAGCCAUUUAUUCAAAUGCUUGGUGAAAAUGGAUACUUCAUUCAAAAAAACUUUCUCCCCUUGGAGUCAAGUCUACAUCACAUGCACAUUCAAAAUGUUAUUAAGUCUUAAUUACAGAAAAUAACUCAUCAGUAAAUUUGAGGCUUGCCAUUUUUUUAUUCUCUGUAAAAAUACAUAUAACACAACACAUGCCAAACUUAUCCAAUUUAGUGAAAUCAAUUAUAUCAGUCAUGUCGUGCAAUCAAUACCCUUUGACAAAUUUUUCAUCCUUAUGAACAAAAACAAGAAAGUCUUUAUUUUAAGAUAACAACCAGAAAUCAGACAUAAGGUAGAACUAUAAAUACUUUCAUAUGGGUAAAAUCUGAUCAAAAUCAACCACUCUUUCAGAGGAGGACCCAGCCAGAGAGAAAUGUGACUUUGCUUGCCCAGCGAAUUUCUUGACCUUCCUCCUACAUCAGAGGUGUUUACCCUUCCCUCGUGAGGGCCAGUUAAGUGGUGCUUUUACUCACCAUAACAAAAGAAAAAGAAUUUGGAGGAUGAGUAGAAAAAGAAGUGUUGUGUACUGGGAGUUAUGAAACAAGUGUUCAGAUUUCGGCUCAGUCACUAAAGAAUUGUGUAAACUUGGCCAAAUCCUUCACAAUUUGGAAGUCAUUUCAGCAUAUGUAAAAUUGGGGAUUGGGGUUAAAUAAUUUCUAAGCUCCUUUGGAACUCUGAAAUUUGUACUCUAUCACCCAGGUAAGUCAUUAUCGGUAUAGAUACAUUCUUUUCAAAAGCUUAUUAUCUUCUUAACAUAAUAUCUCACACAUACAAAUGAGAUAUGUAACCUGUAUCUAAGUUCCACCACCCAUCUGUCAGCUUGCCACGCGUGAUAGCGUGUGUGCUGCUGUGAUGCUGGGAGCUAUGCCACUGGUAAGUCCAAUACCAUCAGGGUCACUCAUAGUGGACAGGUUUCAGCAGAGCUUCUAGACUAAGACAGAUAGGAAGAAGGGCCUGGUGAUUUACUUCAGAAAAUUACCCAGUGAAAACCCUAUGGAUCACAACCCUCUAGGUUGCAAAGCACUACACAACAGCUGCCAAGAGUAGACUCAAGCUUACCAACGGCCACGAAGGUGACACAGGAGUGGGAAAUGUUUUGUUCUGUUGUACAUGGAGGCGCCAUGAGUUAGAGACAACUGGAUGGGAACAACAAUAUCUAAGUUAUAAUGCUGUGUACGCAGAAGCACACACAUCCGUUACCCAGUGCAAGGCUAGUGCAUCACGAAUAACUUGACCUUUGUGUUCUUCUCUUAUCGUAGCCUUGUGCUUUUCUCCCCAGAGGAAAAUGCUAUUUGGACUUUUGUGUUUAUCACUCCCCAGCUUUUUUAAAAAAUAAUUUUGUCACAGACAUAUGCAUGCUUAAACAAGCUGUGCUUUUUCCUUUGAGCUUUCUAAAAAGUAUCAUACUGUCUGUAGUGUUUUUGACCUCGCCCCUUUUUUACUCAACAUUGUGUUUCUAAGUUCAUCCACACUGUUACAAGUAACCAUUACAAGAACAUGUAGCAUUCAUUUUUACUGCUGUCUUAUAUUGCAAUAGUACACGAUAAACCACAUUUUUGUUUAUCCCUUUUCCUGGAGAUAAGACACUUGCCUCACUUCCAGUUGUUUUGCUAUGAUAAGCAGUACUACUAUGAACAUUAUUGUGUAUGUUUCCUGGGAGUAUAACCUAGAGAAACACUAAAAAAAUUAGAAUAGUGUUUGUGUGUUUGUAUAUGUGUGUGAUGUAAAAAUGUCAAUUCAAAUCUUCCACCAUUCGAGCAUGGCUCCUUCAGUGGGCAUGCCAUGGACCACCCUGGGCACCCCUAGUAAACCAUACACUGUUGGGUUGUCAUUUGGAGUCCAGCUUUCCAAGGGGGCUACUGAGCCAGGCAAAACCAAGCCAUUUUUAAGAGAGGAAUUUAAGUUUAGAACCUAAGCCUUAUUUCCUCAGGUUCACAUGGUAGUGCCUAUGAGCACAACUCUGAUGGUAGCUAGACAGGGCCAACUUCAUCUUCAAUCUCUUCUCUGAGCAAUAAUCUUCUAGACCAAGCAACUCCACCCUACUUCAGCAGGCUGUUUGCUCUGAUGCCAAUAGUUGUUUGACAGGGGAAAUUACGGGAUGUCAUCAGAAGAAACCCCUCCACUCCCCCCGAGAAUUGUCAGUAGCCCCUUCAGCUACACCCCUUUUCUGACCACGGAGGAUGGCAGAACCAUAAAGGACAGUGUCUCUGAAAACGAGGAGCUGUGUGGCUGCCACGAAAGGCAUUGAGCCUCUGGGUACCUCACUUUCCGGGUACAGAGUGACAUAAACAGGAAUCCAGGACGCUGUACACCAAAGAACCACAGGUUACAGAGGGUUCAGGUACCUUUAGGGAAGCUUAAUGGUGCACUCUACCCAUUUGUCACCUCUCAGCCCAGCUGGGAAUGCUUGGGUGGAGACGCCUACACAUUUGACGCGGGCUGCGGGAGGAUGGAAGAUUGUGGAGUUCCUGGCAAAAGCAUACGUAUUUUUAACUUUUACUCUUCUUCCUGGCAGUUCAUUAAGUUUGGUGAAUUCUGCCUCCCACUGAGGCAGUAAAAGGACAUACUCAAUUCUCAUGUCAUUGUAAGAAAAACUACGUUACAGAGUCAGGUUCAAAAUCCAGUGUUGACUGGAUUCCCACAGCUUGUCCAAAAAGAGUAUAAGGAGAAUAAAGCCAUCCAAAGUACAUGCUACUUUUACUCUCAAAUUCUUAAAAUCAGUGACUUUAAACUCUGACUAAUUCUGUGAGGAUGGAGAGGCAAUAAGCUGCACUAUAAAAGGGACAAGUUGGGCAAGCCCCAACUUUAUAACUAACUACGUGGCAAGGAUCAGCACAAAUCCAACUCUCACCCAGAAAUAGAUCCAGGCUUCCCUUUCCACAUCUCCACUCCUCAUAGUCAGCCACUUCUGUGGCAAAAAAAAUAAAAACAAAAAAAACUCUUAAUCUAGUCCCCUGGGACUGGGUCACAAACUAGAAGGACUCUAUCCUUCUUCAUUGACUGCCCAUGCAGCUUUUCUCUAACACCCAGCCACCCAGAGCUGGUGUCAUGGAUUGAAUUUUGUCCCCCCAAAAUGAGUGUCAACUUGGCUAGGCCAUGAUUCCCACUAUUGUGUGAAUGUACAGCAUUUUGUGAUCUGAUGUGAUUAUCCUGCUGUUGUAAAUCCUAACCUUUAUAAUGUUUACUAAGCCGGAUUAAAAAAAAAAAAAAGAUUAGAGGUGGUUAUAUUAAUGAGGCAGGAGUCAGUCUACAGGGUUAGGUUUAUCUUAAAUCAAUCUCUUCUGAGACAUAAAAGAGAGAAGGGAGCAGAGACAGAGGGACCUCCUACAACCAAGAACCAGGAGGGGAGUGCAUCCUUUGAACCCAGGGUACCUGUGCUGAGAAGCUCCUAGACCAAGGAAUGAUUGAUGACAAGGACAUUCCCCCAGAGCUAACAGAGAGAGAAAGCCUUUCCCUGGAGCUGGCACCCUGAAUUCAGACUUCCUGCCUCCUAGACUGUGAGAAAAUAAAUUUCUCUGUUAAGCCAUCCACUUGUGGUAUUUCCGUUAUAGCAGCACUAGACGACUAAGACAGCUGGGUCACACAGACUCUGUACUGCCAGCCCCUGCUGGCUCAUUCCUCCCAUGGGAUCCUUAAUUUUCUAGAAUGGUUCACAAAAUUCACAGGGACUAGAGGUACCCAUUCAUUGUAACCAGAAAGGAUACGUGCAAAGAGACCCAUUAGGCAAGAUUUGGGAGAGGUCCUGGCAUGCGGCUUCCAUGCUAUAUCCUCUCCCCUACAUGGAUGUUGUCACCGAUCAUGGAGUCCCCAAGGAGAGGUCCCAGGUGCCCUAGUCAUUGGAACCUCAAUGAAUAUAUAAUACAUGAUGUGGGCCUUAAUGCAUAUGAUCAAUUCAAUCAAUGAAUAUCAUGACUGCAGUAGGCUCCCCUUUCUUCCUAAAGUUAAUUUGCCAAAUGUAGCCCCUACUUGCCUGUCUAUUUUGGAAAACAAAGGCAUCUUGAUUGCUUGGGUUAUUUUCCGAAAUCAGAGUCAAGGGGCCAAACCAAGUUCUUUGUCCCAAAAAUUCCAUAAAGCAGACAAAACAUUAUUUUACUGUUUCCCAUCUCAACCAGGUCAGGAUGAAUAUACAAAACCUCAAUAUCUUUUUCUGUCCGUUAUUUGGAGUAAUCAGAUUUUAGCCUUCCAAAUAUUGUGUGGAAAAAAAGCGAGUUGCCUCCAUUUAAGGAAAAAAAAGGCAAAUAUAGAACUGUAGUCAUCUGUGGUACACUCCUUUGUUGCAUGCAUGAUCUGGCUCCCCGGGAAUUCUCUAACUGCUUCUGUCACUUCUCAAAUGUUUUCCAGGCUGGAAUAACAAACUGCUCAUGGGAGAAGCCAUGGAAUUUUCAAAUAGCCUUUUGAAUGAAAAGUUCAGUUGGAGCAGCCGCCCUUCUCCAGUUGCUUACUCUCCUGAUCCUAAAUUUUCCUCUCAGUUUAUUGAAGAGGACAACUAUUAUUCCAAAUUAUAAGACUAGAAGGAAGGAUCCAAGAAGGAGGUUAUCUGAAGCUUGUUGUGUUCUAGUUGUUAUUGUUAGCCACCAUUAAUCUGGCUCUGAUUCAUGGCAACCUAAUGCACAAUGGAACAAAACAAGGCCCAGUCCUGUACCAUCCUUAAGAUUGGUUGUGGACUGAACCAUUGUGAUCCACAGGGUUUUCACUGGCUGAUCUUUGGAAGUAGAUCUCCAGGCCUUUCUUUUUAUUCCGUCUUAGUCUGGAAGAUCCACUGGAACCUGUUCAGCUUCAUAGCAACACACGAGCCUCCAGUGACAGAUAGGUGGUGGCUGUACACGAGGCACGUUGGCUAGGAGUUGAAGGGGAGAAUUCUACAACCAAACCAUCCACACCCUCGUGUCUGAAGCCUAUCCAAGUCAACUGAUAUCCUCAUAUAAAAUGAAUUAGAGGUAAAACAGUGGCAAACCAAAGUUAAUCCUGGUUCUGUCCUUUUCCCGGCUAUGGGCCAUUGGAUUAUUUACAUAGCCUCAAUUUCCUCAUCUAUCGAAUAGGACUAAUAAAGUGCCUAUGAUGUAGGAGAUUUGACAAGAGACCAUCUACAAAGUAGUUAACAAAGUACUUGGCACAUAGCAAGGGCUCAGUCAGUGGUAGCUAUCAUCACCACCAUCAUCAUCACUAUUAUUAUCCUUAGCAUUAUCAGUGACAAGUUCCUUGUGACUAAGCUGGAAGAAGGCAGGCCUCUUCUCCCCCAGUUUGGACUUUUUUCCCAAUUGUACCACGUGGGCCCCAGCAUGUUACUCAGAGCUCAGCUGACCCCCUGAGAAUCCGAGCUGUGUUAAUACACCAUGACCUCCCCUGACCUAGCCUGGGGUGACCACUUCUUUAAUCCUAGAGAAACUCCUUGGGCAUCACGUGCUUAUGCUAGUUAAUGUUCCAGAUGCCCCGCUAUACUUUCUUCUGUUUUUUGCCAAGGACCUGAUGUUUGGCAGUGAGGAAAGGCACUGAUUUCUUCAGGGAAAAGAAGUGAAUCUCAGCCUGGCCAAAGUGGCCUCUUACUGGGAUGGGAGCCUAGCUGUCCCUUCCAACAGGCAACAGAACAUCCAGACACGAAGCAAUUCUUUUCUUCACUUGAGAAUUCCCCUCGGGGAGUCCCCAGCUCACAGCAUUUUAUGUACCAGGGACAGAUAUCACGAGAAAGGCUGGUUCUGUGGAAUGUGCUCAGCCCACUAGGACCCUCCAGAGCUCCUUGGGUAGGUUUAUUUCCAGUAUCUUCCCUUCCCAUCAUCCCUUUCUCUUUUGCCCUGUCUUCAUUCACAAAUGAAGUUAGGUUUCUCACUCAACAGUUCCAAGAACACAACUUGUGAAAAACUUCGUCUAGCUUUUUGGUUUAGGGAUCUUACCCAUUGCUAUAUUAGAAUCAUCCCCAAAUGAUGUCCCUUCUUGGUUUUCAGUAGCUUCAGGGCACUACUGCUUUCUUAAAAAAAAAACUCAUUGCCGUUGAGUUGAUUCUGACUCAUAGCAACCCUAUAGGACAGAGUAGAACUGCCUCAUAGGAUUUCCAAGGAGCACCUGGUGGACUUGAACUGCUGACCUUUUGGUUAGCAGCCACAGCUCUUAACCUCUAUUGCCACCGGGUUUCCAGUGCCAUCUUAGGAGCCUGCUAUUUAUUAUUAAUAGUAGCUGUAGGGUUGCUAUGAGUCAGAAUCGACUCGACAGCAGUGGGUUUAUUGUCUUAGAUGGGGAUUCUUAGAAACAGAGCCUGAGACAGGAUUUAGGUUCAUGUGGUUUUUUGAAGGAAUACUUUUAGGAAACCCCAUAAGGUCUUGAAGAAAACAGGAUAGAGAAGAAGAAAAGCUGAGCAAGAACAUAGUUUUAGGGAAAUUCUAACUUUGAGUUGUCCCCCUUGAGGUAAGAGGACUUGCCUUGGAGCACUCAUGUCAAUCAAUCAUUGGCUGUGGGCCACUUGUGGGAGAAAGGCAUAAUCUCUGGAGAAGGAGAUCAGUUAUGGGCUGUUAGCCAUAGAUCCAACAGUUGAGGAUGGGUGCAUCAACCCAAGGAGGGGAUUGAGCAGAACACCAAAAACAUCUGCUAAAGCUUCCAUUCACCACAUGUCUACUAUGUGCCAAGCUCUUAUGUACCUUAGGUCAUUCAGUUCUCACAACAACCCUGUGAGAUAAGGGCUAUUACCAACCCUAUUUUAUGGAUAAGGAAAUUGAGAUUCAAAAAGGAAAGCUACAUGUCUAGGAAAGAAGUAUAUUGCUUCAUUAUCAUAUUCUUGUGUUUUCGAACCUCUGUGCUGAGUAUAACACCCCUUGAUGUCUUAUCUUGAAGUCCAAUCAUGCAGGAGAUUUUAGGGUAUUUGAAAGAGAGUGGCCAUGCUUGUCAUUCAAUAAAGUAAUGCAUUACCUCCUUAACUGCCACCAGGAAUCAUAAAACUCAUGUUUGGUGAAGAGGGGAUCUCAAAGGGUACCUGACUCCGCUAGGCAUACCUGUAAUAGCUGGCCUAGCUAGUUGGCAUAGAUAAUUCUCUUUCCUAAAACAUUUCUAAAUUAGGAGUGUCAACUGUGAUUAAGUGAGAGUGAGGAAGUUUCUCAGACACUAUCUGGGCUCACUAGAAAAGCAUCCCAAUUGAUUAUCAAUGAUUGUAAGGAUGAGGGAAGGAAGAGUGACUUAUGUUUGUCUUAUAUCACCAUUCUUAAUUGUAUCAGUCAGGAUGGGCUGAGUUCUCCUAUAGUGACAACUCUCAAAUCUCAAUAACCCCAACAAAAUUAGUUUAUCAUUUGCUCACAUGAUAGUUCUACUGCAGGUCUACAGAGGGGUUCUGCCCAUUGAAGUCACUUAAGGACCCUAGAGGAUGAAACAGCCACUAUGGUAAAUAGGCUGAUUGCCAUGCCAGAGGGAAGAGAGUUUUAGAAUGGUCCACACAUGCUCAGUUAAAUGUCAUCUCAGCUCACAACCAGUUGGUGGCUUGCGUUCAUUUUGAGAAUUUAACAGCUACAGAAUUUUUAGUCGAGAUCCAUGGUCUCUUUGGCAGUACAAUUCUUAAAAUCUUUGCUGGCUUUUAUCUAUUUGGAUCCAAUCAACCUCAUAUGUAUGUAUAUACCACUUUUACACACUCUUGUAUACACCACUGCUCCUCUAGCUAGGUCCACUUGGACAACUUGGUGACAUUCUGGGGAAUAUAUUCUCAGCUUCAUUCUAGGUUUGGACUUGGUUCAGAAGUAACUAGACAUCAUGCUCCAUUCAAAUGCCCUGGAUGAGCCCUCAAAAUGUACCCUGUAGUUAUGGUACUCUUUUUCUGCUACUCAGGAUGCAUCUCUUGGUAUUAUUUAUUCGAGCAUUUAUUCAGUAUACAUAAUUGAGCACCUACAACAUGCCAGGCACUCUUCUAGGUGCAGAGGACACUGCAGGAAAGAUGAAGCUUAGCAAGAAGGUUAUAUUUCUAGCUACUGGUGGUUUGACGGCCUUACAUAAUAGUAAGGGUGGAUUGGGGGAAGGAGGAUCAGGCAUGGUGGACCUGAUCCAGCUUCCUUAUCCCCAAACCAUAAGAGCUGGUGUGUGUGUGUGUGUGUGUGUGUGCAUGUACCUCAGUGUAUGUGCUUGUAUGCUUUUGUGUGUUUACAUGUUUGUGUAUUUGCACAUGUGUGUGUGUAUAUAAUGUUUCCCUCUGGAUUGGGCAAGUGUGAGUAGCACCGUUCCAAGAAAAGUUCAUCUCCUUCUAAUUCCUGCCCUUAAUCUCUUUCUUUAAUUGCAUUCAUCUUGAGUGUCCCCACAAACCUUCUUUUCUCCUAGUAGCCACCAUCCCUUCCCACAGAAAUAAUCAAAUAUGGGACUAUUGCAGCUCUUUCUGGAGGGCUCAAAUUUCCCCGCCUUCAAUGUUGAAUGUCUCUUGCUUUUCUCCUCCUCAAGUUAGAGUCAUUUCCCAGAGAAGAGGGUGGGUUCUGUCUCAGUGUCCUCUGAAUUCCCAGGGGUGAGCGCUUGUCUCUGGGACCUGGAACGAUGGGAAGAGAAACAUGGUGGGGAGAUUGCAACCCUGCGUAGUGGCUUGGCUUGGGCUGGAUUACCUGAAAUCAAACAUACCUCAUCACUGCCAGGAAUAAUUUCUUUCAGAAAUUCUCUGCUCUGAUCUAUAUGACAAAUACAAUUUCUCUCACUAAUCUUGAUGCUCUUCCUAACAGAAUUAAUACCCUGGGCUUAUUAUGCUAAAAGAGCAUUCACUCUUGCCUUGCCUCUGAGGUAAUUCAUCAGACCCACCAAAACCUCACUGCCGUUGCAUUGACUCCGACUCACAGCGACCCUCUCGGACAGAGUAGAACUGCCUCAUAGGCUCCCGAGGCUAUAAUCUUUAUGGGAGCAGACUGCCACAUCUUUCUUCUGCCCAAUGGCUGGUGGGUUUGAACCAAUGACCUUUAGAUUAGCAGCUGAGUGAUUUACCACUGCACCAUCAAUUGUCUCUAAACUCUGGAGGCUAGGGAGUUCAUCCAGUCAUACUGAUAUUUUUUGAAAAUUAACUCAUUUACGUACUGGUCAACAAGCUUAGAGGAUAUGUUUGGGAACAGAAAACGUUUCCUACCUCAAUUUUCUAAGUAUAAAGACUUUUCCAGAAAACAGAUAUUUAGUUGUCUAUCUUUCUAUAGAAAUGAAGGCCAUUGUUUUUAAAUUAUUAGUGUUGAAUUCUUUUCAAGGAGCAAUAAGAGACAGCAAAUAAGCCAAAAUCUUCUUUAAGUAACACUCGAUUCUUUUACCAAGUUCAUUAGCCAAAAGAAUAAUUCCAAAACUAAAACUGAGAGCCAAAAAUUUUGGCGGAGAAUCAGACUUUUCCCAAAACACCAAAUGAACAAGUAAUCUGUGUUUCAUUUAGAAGAGACUAAAAAAUCCAAAAAUGUUUGAGCAUCCCAGAUGACUUCGAAAUUCAUUUAAUAGCUCAUCAAGGCUGAUGCCAGCUUCCUUUAGAAACCGUAAUGAAAAUCAUUCCUGUUAAAAGUGAUUUUCUUGAAAUCGUUCCUGUUGAAAGGAUCAGUAUGUUCUCUGAAAAUAGGCCAGUGAAAACCCUAUAGAUCACAAUGGUUUAAUCUGCAAUUGAUCAUGGGGAUGGCACAGGACCGGGCAGAGUUUUGUUCUGUUGUGCGUGGUCACCAUGACUCAGGGGCUGACUCAAUGGCAGCUAACAACAACAUGUUCAAGCAAAAGUAUGGCCUAGGAGUUAACAGAGUGGGUUUUGAUGUUGGGCUGCCCAUGUUGACAUCCUGGUUCUGCCAUUUGCUAGCUCAGUGACUUGAGGGCAAGUUACUUAGUUCCCUGUGCCUUAGUUUUUCCAUCUGUAAAAUGAAAAUAAUAAUGGUACUUCAUUUCACAAGGUUGUGGUGAGGCGCCCUCGUUUUUCUUAUUUUAGUGCACACUUCCAUAGUACUCUGGAUCACGUACCGUUCUAAAGCCUUUCUAAAAAUUAACUCAUUUAGUUCAGAUAAUAACUCCAUAACCUGCUGUUAUUAUUGUCAGGUACCGUCAAGUUGGUUCCAACUCAUAGCUGUGUUCUAUUAUUAUGCCCAUUUUAUAGAUGAGGAACCUGGGGAAUGGCAAGAGUAAACAUUUAAUUGAGUUAAUACAGAGAACAUAUUUAAAGCAGUGCCUGUUAGGUAAGCCAAUGUUAGCCCUCCCAAAUAAACAGCCGCCUUUAAUCCCUCCCUCACAGGACAUACCCCUCUGCAGCUGUCUGUCCCCUCAGACAAAGGCGUGUAGCCCAACCACUUAGCACAGCGCCUGGCACACAGUAGGUAUUCAAUAAAUUAUGAUUGAAUGACAACUAAUUAAUGUUUCCUUCUCCUCAUGAUCUCUGAAUCCUUCUCACACAAGAUAUUGACUAGAAAGAAAAUAUGAACCAUCAGUUGUACUCUGACCCUUUGUCACACCAGACGGACAACCCAGUUCCACUUUCACUCCACACUAAGCCUUUAGUGCAAGGAUACCCACGUUCACCCUCUUCUUCCUGGUCUUAUCUCCAGCAUUCAAGGACUGAAGGCAGGCAGCAGGACCAAUGGGAUGUUCUGAAACAUCCACUAGGGGGCCCAUUAUCAAUCAAUCAAUCAAGCAGAGAAGCCUUCAGGUUAGUUGCAAGUAAUAGAAAACAUUGGUUUCCGGAAAGGAUAUGAACCUUGAUUUGCCAGAUGAACCGAUAGGUCUUUUCUUAUUUAGUUCUACGCAGAGCUCUAAAUUUUGUUCAAGGAGAAAGCGAUCUCAAUCAGGGGAUGAGGUCCCAGUCUGGUACUCCGCCAAGAGAGAGCCUACUAUUGCGCUGACUUCAGCCCAGCCAGACUUAGUGUUUCUGAAGCUGCUUUGCCUCAGAGCCCAAUCAAAGUGACUUCAGAGGUAUAAAGCAUAAAGAAGGUGGGAGGGAAGGGAGGCUGAGCACAGCCUGUCCUAGAAAUGCAGCCACUAAAUCUCACUCCGAAUUAGAGAAGAGGCAUUGUCCUUAUUAUGACUUUUGUUAGAUGAUUUUAUAACUAUUAGGAUUUCUAUGCAGCCCUGGUGGCUCAGUGGUUAAGAGUUUGGCUGCUAAUCAAAAGGUUGGCAGUCCGAAUCCACCAGCCACUCCUUGGAAGCUGUAUCGGGUAGUUCUACUCUGUCCUAGAGGGUGGCCAUGAGUAGGAAUCUACUCAACGGCAGCAGAUUUAUGGUUUUUAUUCCUGCUGUGUGCAUAGGAGAAUCUCAAUAAAUAAUGACUAAUUUUAUCUUUUUAGAAUAAUUGGUUAAGUCUUGCUCAUCUUUGCAUUCCUCUAACUCUAUUCUUCUAACCCUCCUGACAGCUUUUUCCUAAUGUUUCUUUCUUUGUCUCUUAGUGAGAUUUAGAGAAUCCUGGGAGAAGGAGAAGAUAAAAAGUGAAGCUCUUACUGAACUCCAGUAACCUAGCCUGAAGUUUGGAUUGCUCUUAAACCUUUAUUGCUGAAAACCUGUCUUUCCACUUCUGCUGGAAUAAGUUUGUGUCAGCUGAGGAUCUCUGGAGUCAGGCCUGUGGAUUUUGAACCCUCUUUCCUUUCUCCCUACAUCCAGGAGCCACUUGGCUCUGGAAGGACCUUUGUGUAGUAGGGUGUUGGCAAUAACAGGCCUGCCUAUUCUACCCUUCUCCAGAGAACAAGAGAGGGAAGCUCUUUUCCUUAUUGAUGGCUAUCUGGAAAUCUUGGGACAGGAAGGGGUAGGUUUUUAGGACCCCGGCUCUUGAAAGGGUGUGAGAGGGGCUCAGAAAUUCUUGGAAUGCCUCUGACUUGCCCUGAACCAUGGUACAUAUUCUAUCUAGGCCCCUGCUAUGUACUCAAACCAGAAAAGCAUUGAAGAUGGCAAGAACAAGGGAGGGAAAACUGUGUCUAUAAGCUAUGUUCUACGCAUUUUAUAAACACUAUCUAUUUUUUUAAUCUUGUUUAGGCCCUCAGCAGUCUUUCUGGUAGAAAUUAUUAUCCCCAUUUUACAGAUGAGGAAACUGAGGCACAGAACCAUUACAUAACUUUUAUAAGGUCAUACAGGUAGUAGGUGGCCAUAGUGGAAUUUGAAUUCAGAGUCUUAGUUUAAAGACCACUCUUCUGGCUAAACUUUAGUUGCCUUUCUUGAGGUUUUUGCCAUUCUUCUUUAGGGAGUAAACAAGGAGGAAGUGGUUUGGAUUUGACUUCUGGAAAACAGUAGUCACCACAUCAUGAGGCAAACAGUCUGGAAGCCUAAGGGGGUGGGAUUGUGGAGACAGUAUGGGAGCCCUGACGGGCAAAAUACUGGUGUUGCAGACACGAUUUCAACAGAGGCAAGGAAGGGGACUUGAGGCUGGGGCUGCUGUUUAUUGUGAGAGAAGAAUGGAUCAGCCAGACGUCCUGUUGCCCUGACCCUUUGCCAGUGGCAGCAUGCAAAAAUCAUAUUUACACAUAUGUCUACUUCUUCCUCUUCCAGCAAACACAACAUGUAUGAGGUUGUUUCUGGUUUCCUAAAUUAAUUCUGCAGAGCCCUGAUGGCGCAGUGUUAAAGCACUUGGCUGCGCACUAAAAGGUGGGUGGAGUUCAAACCCACUAGCUGUUCCAUGGAAGAGAGAUGUGGCAGUCUGUUCCCAUAAAGAUUACAGCCUUCAAAGCCCUGUGCGGCAGUUCUAUUCUGUUCUAUAGUGUUGCUGUGAGUUGGAAUUGACUCGAUGGCAACGGAUUUGUUUUUUUUUUGUUGUUGUUAAAUUAAUUCUAUUGCCCAUAUGGUCUAAAUGGUACCUUCACUUAGUCAUCCCCAAACUCUUUCAGUGUUUUCUGGAACACCCAAAAGGCCAAAGGGCCCCACCAGACACAGAUAGCUCAGGUAUGAUGAUCUGGUUUGCAGCGUUUAUAGAUAAUCCCUUAACCUCAACAAAUUUAAUUCUUCAAACUUGUGACAAUAGGCAAUAAAGUACAGAAGGCCAGAGACUUUGGACAGAGCUGAGCUCCGUUCCAGGUUCUACCACUAACUACCUGUAUGGUUUAAGGGUCAUAAUUAAUGUCUCUACACCCCCAGGUGCCUCAUCUGUUAAAAAUUGGAUAAGAAUACCCUCCUCAUAGGGCAUAAGGAAGGUUCCUGGCACCAGUAAGUGCUCAGUAGCUGGUAGCUUUUGAGGCCAUUAUUGAGCUGGGCCCUAUGUGGGCAUUGGAGAGACAACGCCAGACCUUGCCCCCAAGAGGAAGAAACAGACCCUUCUAGUGGAAGAGACAGACCCCAUGGGCAAAUGAAUAAAACUGCAGAGUAAGCCCUACAUCAAUGACACAUGGACAAGGUCAAGAGGUAGCAUCAAGAAGGGGAAAACAAGCCUUAUCUGGAUGGGGUGUGAUGGGACAAUUUUCUGGAGAUGGUGAUCAAAACCACUGGUGAAUCCCCAACCUUGGUCGAGCUGCAUGCACAGUUUGGACGGCCAAGAUUUACCAAAGGAUGCCAGCUAAUCUGUUUUCUGGACCCUUGCUCUUUAGCCUUGCUUUGAAGCAAAGACCCUUAAAACAAAAGGCUUCUCUCAUAAGAAGCUUUGGAUUCUGAAAUAUUGUGGUUCAUGUCACCCUAAGUUAAUAACAAUACACACUUAAGCUGGUUAGGAAAUGUAAGUUCAGGAAACUGGAAGGGAUGGUGAAGGGGGAAGUAAAGUACUUACUCUGUAUAUGUGAAAGAUAGCAGGCAGGAAUUAAUAUUUUUGAUUUAUAUGAGGUGGUAUAAACUGUUUAUACUAGGUGGUAUAAACAGUUAACACACUCAGCAGCUAACCAGGAGUUGGACUUGAACUCAGAGGAUGGACUUGGACCUUAGAAGAAAGACCUGACAAUCUACUUCUGAAAAAUCAGCCAUUGUAAACCCUAUGGAGCUCUGUUCUACUGUGACACACAUAGAUUGCCAUGAGUUGCUGGUGACAUGAGUGCAACUGGUUAAUAUAUAUCAGGCAUUGCCAUGUACUUAAUAACUCAUUAAAUCCUCAUAGCAACCUCAUGAGGAUUUCAUUGCCCCUCUUUCACAGAUAAGAAAACCGACACUCAAAGUAGCUAUGUGACCAAGGUUGCACAGUUAAGUAAACGGUAGAGUCAGGACUGAAAUCCAGGUUUGUCUGGUUCCAAAUCUCAUGCUCUUUCUACCAUCUCAUGCAAUCUCCCAAGCAUAUAUUUAAGCUUGGAAAUAUAAAUGACUCUGUUCCUUCCUUUUCAAAUAAACAUAACAUCUAUGAAGUUGUUUAUGGUUGUCUAAAUUAAUGCUAUUGCCAACACGGCCAAAAUGGUACCGCUUAAGCAUAACAUGAGAGGCACCUCUGAGCGCAAGAAUCUUUCAACACGUCUCUUAUAAAUUUAUUGCAUUAAUCCCUUCAAUGAUUGGCUUCUGUGUAUCCAGAUUAUUUCCAGUGUUUCUCCCACCAGUGUUCCUCCAUCAAGAGGUGGAAUUAUUUCUCUUCCCUUACACCUGAGCUAGUCUUUAGACUUGCUUUGGCCAAUAGAACAUGAUGGAAUGAUGGUAUGCAACUUCUGGAUCUACACCUCAAGAAGCCCCGUGUGCAUUUGUUCUCACUUGAAACUCUACCAGGGCUGGACUAGACAGCUGGGGACAUGUGAAUGAUACAUAGAGAGAGGUCCCAGUUACCCAGGCCAUCUCAGAUGAAGCUAUCGUAUAUCAGCUAGUUUCUGGCUGAACUGUCUGCUGACCACAGGCACAUGAAUGAGGCCAUCCAUGAUCAGCCUAGCCCUGCUCACAUCAGCAGAAGUGCCUGGCCAACCUGUGGACUCAUGUGAAAUAAUAAAUGUUUGUUGUUUUAAGCUACUAAGUUUCAGGAUAAUUUUUAAUGUAUCAGUAGUUAGCUGAUAUAACUAAAAAGUAAUUUUAUUUUAAAUUAGAAGUCAACAAAGCUAAAACAUUUAUUUUAAUUAUUAGUCACUACUUCAAUCCGGACCAAUUGUUCCCUAGACUUGCCAUACAGUUGUCAUCUUGGGAUUUCCCUUUAUCAUUAUUUUAGGAAUUCCCUUUAUUUUGUUUCCUGAAUCUCACGUCUUCCUCUUUCUUGGUAAUUCCCUUUUUUUUAUUUUAUUUGUUGGAGCACAUCCUUCAGGAGUUGCCUGAGAACAGGUGAAUAGGUUUUGAGACCAUGCAUAUCUGAAAUAUCUUCAGUCUACCCUUACAUUUAACUUGUGGUUUAGCUAAAAUUAGAGCUCUAGCUUGGAAACAUUUCCCUCUGAAUUUUUAAAUAUUGUUAUUGUUUUUAAAAUAGACCUUAUUUCUUAGAGCAGUUUUAGGUUUACAGAAAGAAUUUUCAGAAAGUACAGAGUUUCCAUAUACUCCCUCUUCACCCUGUUUACUGUUUCUCCUAUUCUUAACAUCUUACAUUUAUAUAGUACAUUUAUUACAAUUGAUGAACAGUAUUGAUACAUUAUCAUUAACUAAAGUCCAUACUUUACGUAAGGGUUCACUCCUUGUGUUGUAUAGUCCUGUAGGUUUCGACAAAUGCAUAAUAUCAUGUGUCCACCAUUACAAUAUCAUACAAAACAGUUUUGUGCCCUAAAAGUGCCCUGAGCACCACCUAUUCUUCCCCCCUUCUUCCUCCUGAACUCAGGAUUUUGAAGGUACUGUUUCAUGGUCUUCUAUCUUCCAACGUGGCUGUUGAGAAGUUCAAUUCUGUUCUGAUUCUUGAUUCAAUAUAUGAUACCCAUUUUUCCUCUUUAGACGUUUAUAGGUUUAUAUUAUGAAUUGUUAAGAUAAAACGCCUUAGUGUGGGUCUGUUUUAAUUCACUGUGCUAAGCAUUCUCUUGGUUCUUUUACUCUAGAUAUCUGUGUUCUUCAGCUCUGGGAAAUUUUCUUGAUUUGUUUCUUAGAUGACUUCUUGCUUUCCAUUUUCUCUUUCUGUGACUCCUAUUAUUUGUAUGUUUGGUUUCCUAUCUGGUUCUCUACAUUUUUUCUCUUUUCCCCUCCAUUUUGAUUUGUCUUUAUUUUCUGGGAUAUUCCUUCAACUUUAUCCUUCAAGCUUUCUAUUGAGUUUAUUUUUUACUUUAUGCUUUCCUCUUUAAAUUUUAAAGAGCACCCUUUUUCAUGUGUUCUCUGCAUGUUCUUUUUUAUCCUAGCAUUGUAUUCUUGCUUCAUAAACACAGUUUCCUCUUAUCUCACCGAUGCUAUGAGUGAUCACUUUAAAAAAAAUUUUCAUCUCCCUGAAUAGCCUCUCUUCCAAGUUGCUUUUUUCUGAUUAUUUUAGUCCCUGUCUUUAAAAUCAGAUAGUUUCAUCAAAUGCCUGGUGCUCCUUGGCUGCCAUUCAUGUUUGAGAGUGAGCCACAGAAAGCUAAGAGCUCUGUGUGCACGGUGGGACUUGAGAUGUAACCUUCACUGAAUCUUGAUUUGCCAUUUCUUUGGGGAACUACCAUGUUAGUAUCUGUUAUGGUUUGAAUCAUGUCUCACAAAAAGAUAUGCUGAAGUUCUAACCUCCAAUAUGUAAGAGUGUGACUUUGUUUGGAAAUAAGGUCUUAGCAGAUAUGAUUAGUUAAGAUGAGGUCACACUGAAGUAAGGUAGACUAUAAUCCAAUAUGACUGGUGUCCUUAUAAAAAAGAAGCAGAGACACAGACUCAGGGUGAAGAUGGCCAUGCGAAGAUGAAGUCGGAGACUAGAGUGAUGCAGCUACCAGCCAAGAAACGCCAAGGAUUGCCAGGAACCACCAGAAGCAAGGAAAAGGCAAGGGAGGUUCUUCUCCUAGAGCCUUCAGAGAGAACAUGGCCCUGCCCACACCUUGAUCUCAGACACCUAGGCUCCUGUCCAUGAGACAAUAGAUUUCUGUUGUUUUAAGUCACUCAGUUUGUGGUACUUUGUUAGGGCAACUAAUACAGGAAAUUAAUACAGUACCUUUGGGGUUUUCUCUCAUGCUUCUCAGAUUCCACAGAAAGACUGAACUUAUGUCUGGAGGACAUAUGCUUGGCUGCCAGCAUUCUGGAAGCUAGCCUAGGGAGAAAAUCUAGGGGGUUUCAACAUUCCUUAUGUAAAAUUUCACUUUUUCAGUCUUGUAUUUAUACUGUUAACUGUGUGUAUCUUAUGGCCAACUACAGGUUCCCUGUUUCACUCUCUCCAGAGAAUAAACUUCCAAUCCUUUGCCAAGGCUGGGAAAGGAUAGUCACCUAGCUAUGUAGAGUGUGGGAGGAGGUCUAGGGUUCUAACUGCUUCUUAAACAGACCUUUCAACCCAUUCUUCUAAUUUUGGCACAGUGGUUAAGCGCUCGGCUUCUAACCAAAGGGUCAGUGGUUUGAACAACCACCCAUUCCAUGGGAGAAAGACGUGGCUGUCUGCUUUUGGAAAGGUCUACAGGCUUGGAAACCCCAUGGGGUAGUUCUACUCCAUCUUACAGGGCCAUUGUGAGUUGGAAUGGACUCAACAGCAGUGUGUGUGUGUGUGUGUGUGUUUAAUUCCACUUCCAGAGGUAGCUCAUCCUGCCAAUUCCUGAGCCUUUGGAUGUUCUGCCCCAUAAAUCUGGUUGCUUCUUAAUUGUCCCAACUGCUGGCUUAGGAUUCAGCUUUUCCAAAUUUGCUUAAUCAAUUACCAAUUAACCAUCACGUUCCAGUUUCACAAUGUCGUUGUUAUGUCACUUCUUCCAUUCCCUUCGAUCCCAUUCAUUUAUGCCUUUUUGGAAUAUCUCUUUUACUGUCUUUUUAGAGGGCUUGCAUGAAAGAAUGGAGGUGAGUAUGUUCAUUCAAGUAGUCCAGCUACCUAGCUCCUGAUUUUAAGAAACUAACACUUUCUGGUAUCUCACUUAGUUUGAAAAAUGUGGAGCACAAACCGCCUAUGAAAAAUCAAAUUUUCUCCAAAGAAAGACUUUCAAGUGAUGUAAACCCAUGUAAUUUUUCCUGUCAGAAAAAAAAAAUGAGUGUAAGGCUUCAGUCAUUUCAGAAAACUUUGACCUCAUGCUUCUAAAUUACACAGAAAGUCAGAUAAUCACAGCUCUGCCCUUCCCAGUCUGCCAUCUCCCUUAAAUUAGAGACUCAUCAAUCCAUUUCCAUUAACCUUUUAAUAUUUUCCAAUAAGUGCGUUCAACCUGGCAGUAUACAUAUUAUGCUUUCUUCAUUGUUACUAGUCAAUCAAUAAAUAUACAAAAAUCAGAGGGUGUGGUAUAAAAAGGCAAAGUAACAGUGGUCAUUGUACAUGCAUAAACUAUAAGCUAUUCUUUUAAAAGUCAACACAAGUGAUUUGCAAAAAGACCUUCCUAUGACACAAAGGUGAAUGGACCAUGUUAUUUCUAUUCUUAAGUACAUUUUACUCUUCCAGAGAACAUGGGGGCUUCUUCUCUUCCAGUCCUCUGUUUCAAUAUACUGGAUGAACCUUGGCUACAGAAUCAAUUUUUGGUGUUAUGGAGCUCAACAUAAAAACUUUUUUGUAAGUUUCUGCUGGAGAAACCCAUUCUGCCAGGCUGAAAAUAUGGAAUGGACACAAAGGUGUCCUUUGUUCCGCUUGAUUUUUCACCCAAUGCUUAUUUAAGGAACGUCCUCAGGAGUCAGAAAUUAUUUACAAUUGCAGAAAAAAUUACAUCUUAAGCUCUCAGGUUGCUUUGCAAAACAGUUAAAUGCUGAACCCUUACUUUUACAAACAAGGCCCAGGUGGUAUAAAUGGUUGGAUAACUUGUUUGGCUCCUAACCAAAAUGUUGUAGGUUUGAGUCUACCUAGAGGUGCCUUGGAAAGCCUGGUGGCGUAGUGGUUAAGAGAUAUGACUGCUAACCAGGAGGUCUGGCCGUUUGAACCUACCAGGUGUCCCUCGGAAACCCUUUGAGUCAGUUCUACUCUCUCCUAUAGGGUCGCUAUGAGUUGGAAUCAGGUUUGGUUUUUUGGUUAGAGGUGCUUUGGAAAAAGGCCUUUGAAAACCCUAUGGAGCAUAGUUCUACUUUGACACACAUGGGAUCACGAUGAAUCAGAGUUGACGCAACAGCACCUGACUACUGAUUAAUGACUAAGCCCAGGUUACCUGGCAAGUCACUGGUAGGAAUGACAUAUAGUCAAGCUGUGCUUCCAUAGCUAUGCCAUUAUGUUACAUGGGUGAGAAUACACUAAAUUCCCUGAACUUCAUGGAAUAUUGCUGGGGUAUUGCAAAGACUUGGGCAGUUCUCCACUAGAGGGUCAGAAGCUCUCCCCCUCCCUUAUUCCUAUCCUGUAAACACAAAAGUAUAUCCAAGUAAAAGAUAACAAUAACAACAAAAAGAAAGAUCACAUUCAAUUUAAAAAUAAAACCGAAAAUAAUCUCCUAUCUUAAUCUAUUUCUUGGGGGAUGCCUGGAAGGGGUGGAAAAGCAUCCCUAUUUGUGAGACUUAUAUAUCCACGGCCCCAGAGAGAAUUUAGGGGACAGGUAGAAAAGCCUCAUGCAACCCUCCUGAACCUGGUCCUAGAGCAGCGUGUUGUAUCUGGACCUACGAGCCAGAGUGAGCCUAUCUGGUCUGCCAAAGACCCAGUAAAGCUCUUGGAAAGCUGGGGAGGGGGAGAGUUUUAACACUAAUAGUAGUAACACAAUUUAAGAAUCAGAGGGACCUGAUGUCUGUUUUCUUUUCAUUCAGCCUGGGAAACAAAAUAAGAAAGAGCUAGACAGAUGAUUAUGAAAUUGGUCACUAAUGUUCACAGAGGAACAGAUAGGAGUUUUUUCAAAGCCAGUGGAGUAGAUUAGAGAGGAGAUAGGGGAGAGCAGAUGUUGGGAGAAGGCAGAAAGGGAGCAGCUCUUCUUUAGAUUGUGUCUUUCAGAAUCAACUCUUUGUAUAAGCCCUGCCCUAAGUUAGGGGUAGCUUUUUCUUCUUCUUCUCCUUCUCUUCCUUUUUUUCUUUUCUGGUCUGAGAAACAACUAUUAGUUAAUCGAAUCAGUUUAGGCAACAGGUGGUGGCCUAAAGAAGAAGGUUCAGUUUUAUCAGAACACUUUCUUUAUAGAUUCAAUCUCCAUAAUCUCCAGAACCAAUGGAGUCUGUUGACUGAUGCGUGAAGACUACAAAGGACUUACCAAAUGGGAGAAAAUAUGAGGUCAGAACAUAAAGCUUUUAUUCUCUUGUUUCGCCAUAAAGCUGUCUAUCUGGUGAUAAGAUUCCAAUUGUGGGAAGCCCUGUAACGUUCUGAGGGAUUCUUCAGGUACUUCAUGUAUCCUAAGUAGCAACUGCAUCAGGGAGAGUGGAGACAACUGGCUUGUAAGUAUAAAUAAAUAAAUAGAGCCAUACAAAUACUUGAACAGGACCUACACUCCCCCCACCUCGCCCACCCAUGCCAAUCCGCUUGCCACCGACUACACUCUUUCAUUUCCAUUGGCUUCUACUUUUAUUAUAAGAGGUCCAAAGGCACUUUUGUUAUUAUUCUUGGACAUGGCUAAUAGGCCAUCUUCUAUGAAAUGGGACCCUACAAAUGGUAGGUCACGCAAAUUUAAUUUGAUUUUUCAAAUCCCUUCUGGGGGAGGCAACAGGUGGCCAUUAAAACACAAAAGUGGCUUAAGCUCCUCCUCUCACAAUGCUGGUUUUAGGGUGGGACAGAAAGUCUUUGGACAGCCUCAGAAAUAAAAUAGUGCUGUCUUGCUUCAUCUUCUGUGAGAUUUGGCUGAGUGAGCCUGAGUGGGGGCCUAGGGUCCCCAAGAUGAAGACUUUCAAGAAGGAUCAUGCUUAUAUCUCUUUGAUUGGCUGUGGGGCCCUAGACCUUGCUGGCUUAGAAACUGAAGGAUCACAGCACAAAGAGUUAAGGUGGCAGAAGUACAGAUGUUUAUUAUGAAUCAGCUUAAGCCCUUUUAUGCCUCUGACAAAGUAAUUAAAAAAAAAAACAUACUGAUCAAAGGACCUCCAGGGUUUAAUAUUUCAAAAACA